AUGGGACCCAAAACGCACGGAAAACGACCCGCGAAGGGACAGUCUGGGCCAUCCAAAAAGCGCAAACUUGCGCACGGGGCGUCAAAGCCUUCUGGGAAAGCUACGAAGGAGAAGAGCAAGGGGAAGGAUCACGCGUAUGAUAGGCCGACUAUCGAAAUACCGCAGCGCAGAGAUGGAGGGGACUCGGAUCUAAGCGAGGAGGAUAUGGAGAUGGUGGACGAGUACGGUUCAGGGUUGCAGUUCUUGACUGCUUUGGAUGAGAAGGGUAUUGCCAGGAGCAAGAAGGAAACCAUACGACUUCAUCAAAUGCACAAACCUGUACGCCAGAAACGGGUGGACGACGACUUGCCAUCAAUUCAUUCACAUUCUUCCGACGAGGAAUGGGACUCUGAUGUUCCUUCAGACUUUGAGGCUUCGGACCUGGAUGCUUCAGAUAUAGAGUCUGGUCUACUCUCUGAAGAGGAUGAACCUGUUGCUGGUCCCUCACGCAUUCGCGCUCGUAUUCGUCGUCGUGACUCUGAUGGCUCUGAAAUGUCCUACGAAGCUCAGCCUCGCAGACGACGAGCGUCAUGGAGCGAGUCUGAGAACGAGAAGGGCGUCGGACGUCUGCCGAUCAAACUUGCCGACGGUUCCUUGCAGCAGUCCGCGGGAAAGGUCAUCUUGGACGAAUCGAGCGAGUCCAGUGAGGAGGAAGACGAGCCAGCUCCACGAGCGCCUUCUCCGGUUCGCGAAGACGUCUCCACCGGUGCUCGGUUCGGGCGUCCUGCCGUGGCGGACGUGCUGGGUAUGAAGUCGAGAAAGGCGAAGGUUCUGGCCGCGAAGGAGCAGAUUGCGGGCAUCUGCCAGGAGAUUAUUGCAGAUCCUGAAAAUAGUUUAGGACUUCUUCGCCGACUGAAUAGCUUCUCCCUUCCGCAGAUAGUCACCCCAUCUCGACCAGAACCUGUACCGAACGACCCCAUUGUUCGCAAACUUGCGAUACUGUCUCAGCUUGCGGUGUUCAAGGAUAUCAUCCCGGGUUACAGGAUACGCGCACUCACGGAUAAGGAGAAGGAGGAGAAGGUUAGCCAGAUGGUCGCUCGUACACGCGAAUGGGAGCAGGGUUUGGUCAACGUGUAUCAACAAUACCUGAAGACGCUCGAGAGCGAGCUGAAGGCGAAAGCAGGGCUUGAAGAUGCUGCUCUUCAAUGCAUGUGCACGCUACUGGCUGACUUGACACACUUCAACUUCCGGGUCAAUCUCAUGAGCUCCGUCGUCGGCCGUCUUAGCAAGCGUUCGUGGGACGACAGCUCAGAGCUAUGUCUCAAGACCAUCAUUUCUGUGUUUAAGGCGGACGUGACCGGUGUGCCCUCACUUGAGGUCGUACGCUUACUCAACCGCAUGGUCAAGGAGCGUCGCUUUAAGAUUCACCCCGACGUCCUGGGCUGUCUUCUCUCUCUGCGUCUAAAGACCGAGCUCGGCAUACGCUCUUCCGAAACUCGCGCGGAACGUGAGCCGCGCCCAGACAAGAACGGGAAGAAGAUGAAGAACAAGAAGGGAAGCACGGAGAAGGCGCACCUGAGCAAAAAGGCCAAGAAGGUGCUCAAGGAGCGCCAGGAGAUUGAGAAGGAGAUGAAGGAGGCUGACGCCGAGGUCGAUAGAGAGGAACGCGCCGCGAAUCAAACGGAGACGCUCAAGCUUCUCUUCGUUCUGUAUUUCCGCGUCUUGAAAAACCCGACGCCGACGCCUCUACUCCCAGCUGCAUUGCAGGGAAUCUCGAGAUUCGCGCAUCUCGUCAGCAUCGAUUUCUUCAAAGACCUUCUCGCCGUCCUGCGGGAGCUUAUUGUGCGUGAGGGCGACGAGGAAGAAAUUGGAGCAUCUGAACGCGUGCGCCUCCGACUCGCAUGUAUCGUCACUGCAUUCGAGCUGCUUUCCGGACAAGGCGAGGCACUCACUGUCGAUCUCUCCGACUUCGUCGCGCAGCUAUACGCUCUGAUCUUACCUCUUUCCGUAGAGGCAGCCAUCGACGUCGUACCUCCGCGGGUAUCGAAGGCGAUCGCACCGGCGCAGCCUGCAGAUGCUCUACUGUUCCGCGCUUUGCAUCUCGCAUUCUCGCCGAGAUCAUCAGCGGGUGCACCCCCCUGGCGUGCGGCUGCUGUCGCAAAGCGUCUACUCGGCGCCGCGCUGCAUUGGCCGCCCGCGACGGCCAUCAAAGCUCUCGACUUCGUCGAAGAGCUGAUGGGACGGGAGCCACGUCUCGAGGCACUAUUGUCUUCUGAGGAUUGUCUCGUCAAUGGCGUGUAUCGGCCAGAGGUUGACGACCCUCAAUUGAGCAACCCUUUCGCCGGUUCUGCGUUUGAGCUUGCGAUGCUCGCGGAAUCGCAUGCGGACGCGCGUGUCCGAGAAGCGGCGAUACGGUUGCAAGAGCUGCCGAUACGUGGUCGGGCAUAG